UGCCUUCAGUACGACAGUUGUUAAUAAUCUCAUAUUCCAUAUUCAGGUUCAUGAACUUAGUAAUGUUAAAUUUCAAUGUAUCCUUCCAGGAGAGUUAACAGACUUUAACACUCAGAUGGAAUUCAGUAGGCUGAAAGAUGGAGCACUAUUUAUAGCAGACUACAACGAUCAGGAAAGGGUUGAUAUUAUUGAAGAUGUCUGAAAUUGGAUAUAACUGUUGCUUUCCACCCUGAGCAUAUUCAGGUCCAUGAACAUAAUAAUGUUCAAUUCCUAUGUGUCCUGCAUGGAGAGUUAACCGACCUUACCAACCAAAUGGAAUACAGUUGGCUGAAAGAUGGAGCACCAUUUAUACCGGAUUACAACGAUCAAGAAAAGGUUGACAUUAGUAAAGGUAAUCUAGUGUUAGAUAUUUCAGAUGUCCAACUGUCCGAUGAAGGCCAAUAUCAAUGUGUUGUUAAACAUGGGACACAUGUUAUAGCAAUGUCAAGGCAGGGAAAUUUGACGGUUCGAGCUAUACCACACAAAAAAUACCCACAAUGCAUUCUUUCUAAACAUUUAUAUACGGAAGGUGAUAAAGUCAUGAUGUCGUGCAUCUCCGAAAGCAAAGGGAAUUUUCAUAUGAAAUGGUUUGACCCACCGCAAGGCACAGAAUUGAGACGGAAGACAGACUUCACAACAUUAUUUGCUAGCUUUGAAGCUACAAAGCAACAACAUGGUAAGCAGUACAGAUGCCUGAUGGAAAUGGAGGGAGAACAAGUUCCGCGUAUGUGCUCCACAGAGGCUCUCAACAUCACUAAUCAACUGCAUGUGUACACCACUGCUACAGCACCAACGUUUACAUACGCUGGAGAGAUUAGUUAUACAGGAGAUAGCCUCAACAUAACAUGCAACAUAGAGGAGGAUUUUGAAAUGGUUUCUUACAAAUGGACGUUCAAAAAUUGCAGUAGUGAUAUGACAAACAAGUUCAAAAUCAUAUAUGAAAAAAUUUAUAUCAACACUAUUGCUAUAGAUAUGAAUGGAUGCCAUGUAACUUGCAAAGCUUAUAAAAAUAAUGCCACUGGUAAUUACACAUACAUAAUGAAAGUUAUUAAGAAUGACAUGCCGAUCCCUGUCUAUUCACCCUACAGUCAAGUAUCAACAGAUCACUCCCAGACAAUAGUCGUAAGUGCAUUUGGAUGUUGUUUUGUUAUUGUAGCUACUGUUCUCUUGACUAUAUACAAGAAAAAACAUAUUGGAAUAUUACAUAUUUCAUCUCAAAAAAAUGUAAUUACAAGUAGAAAGACAAACCAACUUGGAGAAAAAAGUGAAAUACACGAAGGAGAAAUUGUAUAAACAACAUUUUUGGAAGUGUAUAGAAUACUUAUUCAGAUAUCAUUCCCUAUUAAGCAAUUAGUGGAGCUCCGCAUAGUAUACUAUAGGAAAAUUAUUGAACGAAGGUUAGAUUUAAUGCUUGAAAAAAUUUCCUAAGGGCCUGCAAGGCCCAAAGGAAAUUUUUGAAUGCAUUAAAUC